AUGGUGCCGGGGGGCGGGGCGGAGGCGCCGAUGGCGGCGCCGCGCUCGGUGCUGCUGCUGAGCGGGAAGAGGAAAUCGGGGAAGGAUUUCGUGGCCGAGGAGCUGCGGAACCGGCUGGGCCCUGAUGUCUGCACCAUUCUGCGCCUCUCCGGGCCCCUCAAGGAGCAGUACGCCAAGGAGCACGGGCUGGACUUUGAGCGCCUCCUGGAUGCCAGCGCCUACAAGGAGAAGUUCCGCCAGGACAUGAUCCGCUGGGGCGAGGAGAAGCGGAGCGCCGACCCCGGCUUCUUCUGCCGGGCCGCGGUGCAGGGGGCGCUGCAGCCGGUGUGGGUGGUGAGCGACACACGGCGCCUCUCAGACGUGGAGUGGUUCCGGGCCGCCUACGGGGAUGUGGUGCAGACCGUGAGGGUGGUGGCUACGGAGGAGACGAGGAAGAGGAGGAACUGGGUGUUUGUCACUGGGGUGGACGACGCCGAAUCUGAGUGCGGCCUGGACCAGGGAGUGGCCUUUGACUGGGUGAUCACCAAUGACGGGGAUGAGGUGGCCCUGGGCGAGCAGCUGGAGGAGCUGGUGCAGUCUGUCCACAGGAGCCUAUAGCUCCAUGUCUCUCCACUGGGGCUUGGGGGCUGCAUCAGCCCCCCAGCCCCUCAUCUCCACCUCCUGCUGAUGUUCCCUGUUCUGGAAUAAAGCUCUGACACUGAGAACCAC